AUGGAUCGCAAAACCGUACGUCCGGUAGCCGACAAGAAGCCGAUCCCUGAAAUUGAUUUCUCAUUGCACAUGAUGGAGGAUGGCACGCAGGUGUCGACCCUCGAACGGGUGGUAAAAGAGGUUCAAGCGCCGGCCCUGACCACCCCACCUGAUGAGUCGUUUUGGUCGCUCGAAGACCCUUCGAAGCCGGACCUCCAGUUCCUUAAGCAGCACCUGUAUCGGGAGGGUCGUCUCAGCGAAGACCAGGCGCUAUGGAUAAUCCACGCCGGCACCGAGAUCCUGCGCUCUGAGCCAAAUCUUCUAGAGAUGGAUGCCCCUUUAACAGUUUGCGGCGACAUCCACGGCCAGUACUACGACUUAAUGAAGUUGUUUGAAGUUGGCGGCGACCCUUCCGAGACACGAUACUUAUUCUUGGGUGACUACGUCGAUCGAGGCUACUUUAGCAUUGAAUGCGUUCUAUAUCUCUGGGCAUUGAAGAUCUGGUAUCCGAAUACGCUUUGGCUGCUACGCGGUAACCAUGAAUCUAGUCACCUGACAGACUACUUUACAUUUAAGCUGGAGUGUAAACAUAAGUAUAACGAGCGGAUCUAUGAGGCCUGUAUCGAAUCUUUCUGUUCUCUACCGCUAGCGGCGGUCAUGAACAAGCAGUUUCUCUGCGUCCACGGUGGUAUCGGCCCAGGGCUGCACACCCUCGAGGAUAUUAAGGCGAUCGAUCGAUUCCGCGAACCCCCAAGCCACGGUCUUAUGUGCGAUAUUCUCUGGGCCGAUCCUUUAGAGGAGUUCGGUCAAGAAAAAACAGACGAUUUCUUCCUGCACAACAGCGUUCGCGGUUGCUCUUAUUCCUUCACCUAUCCCGCCGUAUGCGCAUUCCUCGAGAAGAACAACCUACUUUCUAUUAUCCGAGCACACGAAGCCCAAGAUGCUGGAUACCGCAUGUAUAGGAAGACACAGACAACCGGCUUCCCUAGUGUCAUGACCAUUUUUAGUGCGCCUAACUACCUCGAUAGAUAUAAUAAUAAGGCCGCCAUCCUUAAAUACGAGAAUAACGUGAUGAACAUCCGGCAAUUCAACUGCACUCAGCACCCGUUCUGGCUGUCUAACUUCAUGGACGUCUUCACCUGGUCCCUGCCGUUUGUUAGUGAGAAAAUCACCGAUAUGCUGAUCGCCAUUCUUAACACCUGCUCGAAAGAAGAAUUGGAGGAGGACAACACUCCUUCAACUGCUACGGCCAGUCCCGUCUCAGCUGCCUUGCCUAUGGAUACCAGUCCCGUCUCAGAUUCCUUGCCCAUGGAUACCAAUCCCACAGUCGACUCCAAUGAAAUCAAGGGACGAGCCAUCAGGAACAAGAUCCUUGCAAUCGGUCGUCUCUCCCGUGUCUUCCGGGUGCUCCGUGAACAAUCUGAAGGUAUCACUGAGCUGAAAGAAGCAGCCGCUGGCCGUCUGCCCCCCGGUACUCUCAUGUUGGGUGCUGAAGGCAUUCAGCAAGCCAUCCACAACUUUGAGGAGGCCCGAAAGGUCGAUCUGCAGAACGAGCAUCUACCGCCUACCCAGGAAGAAGUCGCCAAGCGAAGCGAAGAGUAUAUUCGCGCGGCUCUGGAGCGUGCUGAACUGGAGGCUGCCAACGACGCCGAAUUGGCCACUGUUGCGCGUAGAAUUGGCCUGCCUGCGGGCUCAGAUCGCAACCGUCAUGUCCCUUCGAGGGAGAUCUAG